AUGGCCGACUCUCAGACCUCUUCGGCGGCCAUGGCCCCUCCACCCGCCUCCAGCGGACCGCCUGGGUAUGAUAACAGCCAGGGCAAUCAGCAACAGCAUAUGCCUCCCCCGCCGCUGGCCCCCGUCAUCAUACCCCAGAACACGAACCCUAUCCCCACCGCCAUCAGUUCCCCCAUGUCCGGCGGGGUCAUGUCUCCUACCAGCGGCGCCACUGGAUAUGCCCCGCGCAGAGCCGCUCCGGAACCGAACAAGAGGGCGUUGUAUGUGGGAGGAUUGGAUCCACGCGUUACAGAGGAUGUUCUGCGCCAAAUUUUCGAGACUACUGGGCAUGUGCAAAACGUGAAGAUUAUUCCGGACAAAAAUUGUCAGUUCCAGGCCAAGGGAUAUAAUUAUGGCUUCGUAGAGUACGAUGACCCAGCGGCUGCUGAACGCGCCAUGCAGACAUUGAACGGCCGCCGAGUCCAUCAAUCGGAAAUUCGAGUGAACUGGGCCUAUCAGUCCAACAACACGGCCAAGGAAGACACCUCGAGCCAUUUCCAUAUCUUCGUGGGAGAUUUGUCUAACGAAGUCAAUGACGAAGUACUUCUUCAAGCUUUUAGCGCUUUCGGGCCUGUUUCCGAAGCGCGCGUCAUGUGGGAUAUGAAGACUGGGCGGUCCCGUGGUUAUGGAUUCGUCGCCUUCCGUGAGCGCGCCGAUGCCGAACGCGCUCUCAGCUCCAUGGAUGGCGAAUGGCUUGGGUCUAGGGCCAUCCGGUGCAACUGGGCCAACCAGAAGGGCCAACCAUCCUUUUCCCAGCAGCAGGCCAUGGCCUCCAUGGGCAUGACUCCCACCACUCCGUUCGGACAUCAUCAUUUCCCCACUCAGGGCGUCCAGAGCUACGAUAUGGUUGUCCAGCAGACUCCACAGUGGCAGACCACCUGCUACGUAGGCAACUUGACCCCGUAUACGUCGCAGGCCGAUUUGGUCCCCCUGUUCCAGAACUUUGGCUAUGUUACCGAGACACGGUUCCAGUCCGAUCGUGGGUUUGCCUUCAUCAAGAUGGAUACCCACGAGAAUGCGGCCAUGGCCAUCUGCCAGCUCAACGGCUACAAUGUCAAUGGCCGGCCCCUCAAGUGCAGCUGGGGUAAGGAUCGUCCCCCAACCGGUCAAUUCGAAGGUUAUUCGCCUGCCGGAGCUCCCAACUCUGCCUACCCCCAAACACCUAGCCAGUACUUCCCGCAAUACGGCGGUCCAGGUGGCCCUAUGUCACCCCAAGGUGAGCGGCACCGGAGGAAGCUUCGCUACAGGAGCAACCAGGCUAAUGCGCGGCCAGGCCCGAGCCCCGGUGGUCAACCUUUCGGGCAGAACCAGGCUGGCUUUGGCGGGCCUGGACUGGCCCAACCCUACCAGCAGAUGCCUGGUAGCGCUGGCGGGUAUGGUCGCGGUGCUCAGCCCCAGCAGCAGUGGGGCCAGCCCAGCCAGGCCGCCUUCAACCAGAGUGGCUUUGGCGUCGGAGGUUAUCAGGGUUAG